AAUGCUGAUUUAGAUAUAGCUAAGAGGUAUGGCCUUAUAAGAGACGGCGCCUAUGUACUUCCCACAAGAGAGGAUGUUAUUUUGCGUCGUGUUGUGAUCGCCACACUAGCUGUAUCACGCCAUCUUCUAGAGCUUCGAUUAAAUCAUGGAUUCUUUACACAUAUUUUGAUUGACGAGGCUUACCAAGCCCUGGAACCUGAGGCACUAAUACCACUCGCGUUAGCUGGACCAAAUACAAAGGUUGUCUUUACUGGAGAUCAUAUGCAGAUGAGUCCUGAAGUGUAUUCGAAUCAUGCUCGUGCUUGGGGUCUGCAGAGGUCGCUCCCUGAGAGAUUGUUUGAUCACUUGUAUAGCGCAGAGCAACCGUCAAAUUGCAAUGUGGUAAUUCUGACGGAAAACUAUCGGUGUCAUCCAAAAAUUCUGCAGUUUUCCUCACAUAACUUCUACAAAGAGGGGCUGAUCGCGAGGAGCGAAGAACCUCAACACCCAAGGUCGAAACCAUUAUUAUUCUAUUCUGUGUCCGGUAUGGAAGAAGCCAGAGAGAAUUCGUACAUAAACACAGUAGAAGUAGAUGAAAUUGUAAAGAGAGUCAAGGAGCUCGCAGGUGACUGGCCAGUGGAGUGGAAAGAAAAGGAUCUCACUAAAAUAGGCGUCGUCUCGGCAUACCUAAGUCAGGUUCAAUUAAUCCGACAAGCUCUCAGAAGGGAAGGCGAGGGGCUUGAGAAAGUCACAGUGGAAACAAUCUAUAACGUCCAAGGAAAAGAAUUCCGUGCCCUAUUCAUCAGCACUGUACGUACAUCCCUCACAUUCCCUCAAUUUCACAAACGUAAUGAUCAAAGAUUCUACUGGGAGUUCUUUUCUGACCCUAAGCUCUUAAACACGGCGGUAACCAGAGCUAUGUCUUUGGUAGCAGUCGUUGGAGAUGCUGUCUCCUUGUGUACUGUUGGUGAGUGUAGGAGUAAUUGGCGGGAUUUUAUCAGAAGAUGUGAACAAGAUGGAUCUCUGUCUGGAAUUUCAUAUACAGCGAUAGAGGAAGCUAUAGCUACCCCUCUUUCUAAGAUAUCUCUAAACCCCGAGGCGGCUGUUUUCGUUCCAAGUAGCGAUGGAGGCCUCAAACCGUUUGUAUGCGAUCGCUCACGAGGUGCGGAAGAUACAGAAACCAUCGAGUUGGGAGAAGAAAGUUUAGCUGAACACAGCCUCGUUAGUCCAAUGACCGUGUCAGGAAGUAAAACAGAUCGGCCGAAGAAUCAUCUGAAUGUAAAAGAGGUUUCAUCUAAAGACGAAGAGGAGCGUAAAACUGAUGGGUCUUUGGAACAAUAUUCGCAAGGUGAUUCAUUUCCACACCAAGAAGACGAAGAUGACGCAGAGCUAAGUAAUUUAAUCCCCUUUGAAGACUUUCGACGGGAAGGUUGUGAAGACGAAACAGUGCUUCCAAGCUCCUUUGACAAAGUAAUUGAAGCACUCGUGGCCACGAAAAAAGAAACCCAGGAGAGGGAGCUUCAACGAUCGCUAAAGAAUGAAGAAUUCCCCUCGCUGAGGAAUGCAGAGUCGAUCAACCGGAAAGGAUACAAAGUGACAAACGAUUUCGACAAAGGAAUCAAACACAGCAAUCGAAGCAGUCGAGAAAAUUCCAGUUUAUCUGGUCUUUCGUCUGAUGACUACCAAUUCUCCUUUGAUGCUAAAGGUAGGGUACAGGCUCGCCUGGUAAACUUCGGGUAUCAUCAAACGCAUUCUAAUCGACAUAAUAGGCCAACGGGACAAGUCAAGGAAGAUGAAUACCUUCACCCAGAGGUAUUACUGAAAUUUAUUCGUGAACAACCUAAAACUUAUCGUGCCAGUACACUUCAUCUCGACUCCGAGGCCUUCAACAUGGCAUUUGCUACUGUGCCGGACACGCAAACACCAGACAUACGAAUCAAAGGAAGAGUUAAAAGGGUUUUCGACAUGGAUCAAGUUGUCGUCAAUAUUUCAGAAAAUCAGUCAAAUUCCAUUGAUGCAGUUCCUCGCUAUCAGGGGGAAAUUGUAGGUGUGCUUCAUCACAUUAUCAGCCCUCACGAACGACAGUUUGUCUGCAAGGUCAAUUUCCACAAUCCAAAUUUGAUGCUUCCAAUCAAUAAGUCCAUGUCAAAAAUCGUGAUAUUAUCUGCAGAUAGCGUUGAAGGUGUACCACUCUACAAGGAAUUGCGCGAGGGAAACGGGAAGAAAGUAAAAGUCUGCGAGAUGGACCACGAAGAAUUCCUUAGUGGAAAAUACCUGUUCCUCGUGCAGUUUCUACAGUGGAGGUCAGAUUGCAUUUACCCCUUAGGUAUCAUCAUUCGAAAAUUGCCGAAAAGAUAUACUUGGAAGGCCAGUAUGGAGAUUCUUCUAGCAGAGCAUGGUAUCAGAAAGUCAUUCAGCGAUGAUUGUAAAAGGGAAGUGCGAACGAAGUUCCCCUCGUCGUGGUCAAUACCAGCUCACGAAAGAAACAACCGCGAAGUAGUUAAAGGAGCAUUUACAAUAGAUCCUGAAAACUCUAAGGAUCUCGAUGAUGCACUUUCCCUAGAAUUGCUUUCGAGCACUGUGUACCGGGUAGGAAUUCACAUCGCAGACGUGAGUUACUUUGUAGAGGCUGGUAGCUAUUUGGAUAAAGAAGCAUUGUUUCGCUGCAUAUCCUAUUACCCUGGGAAUGAGUAUCAAAAUGUUCCAAUGUUACCACCUGAUCUCAGUGAAAAACAUUGCAGCCUUCUUCCUGGUAAAGAUCGUUUAUGUUUAUCAGUGUUUCUUGACAUGUCAGAAGAUGGAAAAUGUUUGGGAGAGCCACAGAUCAAACGCACAAUCGUAACGUCCUCUCGUCAGCUUACCUACUCUGACGCCCAAAAAGUUAUUGAUGCUCAACGAAGCUCACGCAAGCAAUUCCCCAAAAGUGUUGAAAGUGAUAUUCAGGCCCUGAGUGUCCUAGCGCAAAGAAGAAGAAAAUUAAGACUCCGAGAAGCUAGCUUUGACCAUUGGUCAGACAGUGAUGAGCCAGAAUGUUAUGAAGCACAUGAGUUAGUGGAGGAAAUGAUGAUUUUGGCCAACGAGAAAAUAGGUCACCUUCUUCUCACUACUAUUCCGGAGAUGGCACCGCUGCGCACCCAACUGCCACCAAAAGAUUACAAAUUGAAAGAUUGGUUGAGUCGAUACGGGCAUUUUAUCAAGUGUUCUCUGUUUCUCCGCGGCAAGCAACAUCUCGAGAAGAUGACCGAGGAUAACCAAAUGAGAGAGAUCACGGAAUUCAAAGUGCAAGAUUCCGUUUGGUCAGAAAUCUGCAGCGCUGUAGAAUCUGAUGACAAAGCAAAGCUACAGCAGCUGAUUUUUACAGAAAGAAAGUAUCCUCAGCUAGCUGUUGCAAAUCUUCAGUUUCAACGCAUUCAGCAAAAGUCCUGUUAUGUCUGUGAGAGAGGUCAUCCACGAGAAAAUAGUUUGCAUUUCUCCCUGGGGGAGCACGGCUAUACACAUUUCACUUCACCCAUUCGACGGUACAUUGACAUUCAAGUACACAGACUCGUUUUGGGUUUAAUCUCCAACGACCACGGUGCAGAAAGAUACCGAAAGGAUUACGUAGCUAAGGUGUGUCGUCGUUCCACGUUUGCUCAGCGGAACAGCAAGAAGUUCGACAGAGCAAGUAGUAAAGUUCAUUUGGCUGCCAAGCUUAAAGAAGCAAGCCGCGAAACAAAAGCAGUCAUCGCAAUGAUCGAAGAUAAGAGCAUUAGGUUAGAAAUAACGAGUCAAGAAUACGACCGUUUGUCCAAAAAAGAGAGGGAAAUUAAAUUCAGCGAUCUCAACCUAUAUGAUUUCAUGCCAUAUAUAUCAGAAGUAGUCUUUAUAUGGAAAUUAAGGCUAUACAUUGCUCCAAAAGAGAGUGAGUCCUUGGAGGACUACAUCGAAAAUCUAGAAAUCGAAAGAAAUGAAGUUGUUUCCCUAUUAAAUGAAGGAUUGGCUGCCACAAAGGAAGUCCUAAGCUUGAAGGUGGACAACUGGAUGAAGCUCUUGGAAGCUGUUCAAAACAACGACUAUGUGGAAGCUAAGACGUUGAUUACAAAGACUGAAGAUCACCAAAGGGCUCUCAGAAAACGGUUUCCUCCACGCAACAAUGAGAAUAGGGGUUCAAACACGGAGCACUUUCAUGAAAGGCGACUGUCUCUGGCGACCUUUGACAUGGUAAACGUUCAGUUAAGUGCCCACAUGACACAAGGAAUGUUACAUCCGCAAAUUCAGCUUUUCAAGAUUAAUUCCAAGGUCCACAUUUGCAUUGAACACCGCAAAUAUCCAAGAGAGUGCUUUGCCACGACGGUAAAAUACCGAGCAUCUCGAGCAAGCUACUCGUGUUUAGAGAGCUACAUCACUGCUUGGGAACCUGUUCUUGCCAUGGAAAGCGCUACAGAGGCUGUCGAUGAAAGUGACGAGUUUACUAUACACGAUUUACAUGUGAAGUGGUGGGUUGGAACCAGUGAAAAUCCAGUCGGUUCCUUCAGCCUGGACCACGAAUAUUGCAAGAAUCGUCAAAUCGAGUUUUUUCCCGGGGAUUUCGUUUGCAUCCACGUCCGAGAAGACUUCUAUAAAAACUGUCCUUCUUCCACCAGCA